AUGUUACAAUCUUUGGCUCCUUUCUGUUUUAUUGGAACAACAGGUCUUGAGAAAUUAUCCUCCAUAGUUCCAUGUGAACAGUUGCACUGCUAUAUUAUUUUAUUUCUUGCUCUGGAUGGCCUCAGCGCUAAUAGUUGCAAUAAGAAGUCGCUGCAUGGCUUUAUCCCUCUCCAAGCGAUAUUAGUUCAUAUUCAUCUCAAGUUUAGGACAGCGCUCCAUUGGGCAGCUCGUCGUGGCUACGAAGAAAUCUGCCUUUUAUUAUUGGCUAGUGGAUUUAGUAGGGAAGUAAAGGAUCACAAGGGAAGAACGCCAUUUGACGUUUGUGCUGAGGAUAACAAAGAAUUGAGGGAAAUUCUUCGACCAGAAUCAGAAGAAUACAAGGACAUCGAUGAUAUAAUGCCGUCAGCUGUUGACAAACGGCGCCAUUCCGAGAAUACAGUUGGGCACGAUAAAUUUGUACCAAAUUACAUUCGAAAUCCUCCAUUUCCAUAUGUGACGAAGGCUUCUUCAUUUGAUUGUGGAACAAAUACUAUUUGUAACUGCACCGAUAGGAAGCAGGCGUUCAGACGUGUCACAUUGCCAGGUGGUUCUACCGUUGAACAGCUUAAAAAGAUGGUGGAAAAGUCUAUGCGAAAUGGGAAAAUCGAGGCUAUAUUGACCCUUCCCGAUAGGGUGCUAGUUGAAGACGACGCGCAAAUUGCCCAAUUUUCCGAUUGUCAAAGAGUUGAGGUCAUCUAUGCCGAAGGAGAAGUAACACCACCGCUCGUGAGUUUUAUGCAUGUUGUAUACAGUUACAUUGGUGCUAGUUGGGAUAUCUCUUGA